AUGUCACUUACAACGCACAACGACUAUAGCGCUCGAAUCUCCGAUGCUGAGCUCUCCCUAAAAGGGAUACCUGUAAUUACGGUCGACGGGGCGGCCGAGAUUCUCUCACUUCUGCUCCGUAUCCGGUUUUGGAAGGCGAAUAGGCUACCGAACGAUGACAUCACAGCGGUUGCCUGUUGCAGAGAGCUGCUGCAGAGAAGACCCACCCUCCACUUGCUGCUAAGGACCGCUCACAUGCAAGAGGCGCCAGAUUACUCCCCAAUAUUAGAUUCGCCUGCUUUUCCGGCAUUAGUGUCCACAAAAUCUCGAGAGAUACUGCAACCUAUUGGCGAAAAGAUGGAAAAACAUGCCGCGAACGAAUCAUUUCUGCCACUUUGGGCGCCAGAAAAGCAACUCGGUCCAACAUACGAAGAUACUGAUACUCUCGCUCAUCUAGCAUCUCUUGGACUGCGAAAAUCCGGCGUACUCUCCUUAGAUCUCCAGAUUAUACUGCAUGACCUGGGUGGUUUCGAGCGACAUCCAGUGCUCGCUAACCGUGUCUCGAGACUGUUCACCCCAAAAAACAAGUUCUUGGUGAAUGCAUCGGGUACGGGCAAGACGAGACUCUGCUACGAAGGUCUCUGCACUAACUGGGGUCUAUACUUUACCUUCUAUGUUGAUUCAAGUCGACUUGGGAGCUUCGACAUGGAAUUCAUCCUUGACAGUGUCAAGGCUGAUGGUGACUUUGCCAGAGUUCUCGGCCUAAAGGACCCUGAUCAAGCGCAACUCAUCGCGAAAAACCGGAAUCUAGUUUUUCGCUGGUUUGGCGCUGUUCUCCUCUCUCGACUUCUUGCCUUCCAGCUCUUUCUUGAUGCUCGUACCCACCGCGAUGACAGUACCUUGAACACGAUUUACAAGAUGCGCUGGCUCGAAAUGCAGCUUGCACCGCGCACUUUCAGUCGGGGUGGAUCGGACGACCGGUUUAUGAAGUUGGCGAUGACGCUUGGAGAGGAACAGAAUGAUGUUCUUAACCUGCAAGCCAAUAUCGACGACGCUCUUCGCAAGAUUCGAAACGCUAUUGGCCGUGAUAGUCCUCUUUUCAUCGUCAUAGAUGAGGCACAAGUUGGUGUCGAGCUGAAACGCACAUCCUUUGGCGAUGGAAAUUCUCUUCUCCGAGAGAUUAUCGGAGCGUGGCAGACUUUGACGAGAGGCAGUUGCACAUUUAUUUGUGCUGGUAUCAGGAUCCCUUCUUCCAUGUUUAGCGACAAACCUGGCGGAGAUUUCGAGUGGACAUCAGACACUGGAGAGUUUGAUGAUCCUGACGCUCACGAGCGAUAUGUCACAAAAUUUCUGCCUCCCAAAUUUCGUGACACUCCUUCGGGUCGAUUCCUUCUUGCGCGUUUCUGGCGCUGGUGUCGUGGACGGCAUCGAUUCACCGACCAAUUUAUAUCUAUUCUGCUCACGUCAGGUCUUCUAUUUCCGCAUACGAGUUUGUCACAGUAUAUCCGUGAAGGAACCGGUGUCGAAGCCUUUGACGCGGUGCGCAUCUGCUACGAGGAAGUCUACCCAACACCAGAUUCGGUCUUUGGCUUUGGGAAGCCCAGCUUUGAAGAGCUUUCUCCACAUGACCAGGACUUGGUCCUUAAUGCAUAA